AUGUCCGCGUACCCUCUUGCGAGCGGCAUGGCAGGCUACGCAGGCGGCGGGCCCCGCCCCGGCUGCCACCCCGGCUACGGCUACGGGCCCCCCGUCGGCGGCGGCUGCGGCUCCUGCGCGGGCGUCGGGUGCGGCAGUUGCGGCGCAUCCUGCGGCGGCACGGGCGUGGGCGGGUGGACCUACGGCGUGGUGCCCGAGGGCUGCGGGGACUACGUGGCGACCACGUCCUACAGGUACGUGGGCUACGGCGCCGGCAACGUGUCCCUCUUCCCCGUGCCGGCGGCCACGGGCGGCUGCAGCUGCUGGUGGUCCCUGUGCCUGCUGUGGCUGCUGCCCCUGCUCCUGCUGCCCCUCUUCUUCGACAACACGACCACUACGACGACCAGCACCACCACGCAGACGCCCACCGUCUCGGUGACCCCGCCGCCGGAGCAAACUCCCGCGCCUACGCCGAGCCCCCCACCGCUGACGCCGCCGCCGACCAGCCCGCCGAUACCGGUCACGGCCGCGCCCACGCCAGCGCCGCCGCCCGUGGGCCCACGGGGCGUGUGCCGGGUGUUCGGCGACCCCCACGUGAAGACGUUUGACGGGACGCACGCGUCCUUCUACAGCGCCGGGGAGUACUGGCUGGUGAGGAGCUCCACGGUCUGGAUCCAGGCCCGCUACGCCCCGACCCCGGUGACGAACGGCCUCUCCGUCGUCAAGGAGGUGGCCAUCGGUGGCCCCUUCCUGCAGAGCGGCGACGGCAAGAGGAACAUCCUGCGCAUCUCCGCCCUCACGGCCUCCUUCAACGGGCAGCCCAUCAUCACGGGCUUCCCGGACCAGUUCAGCAACGCGGACCCGGCGAUACGGGUCGUCACCGACGGCUCGGGCGAGGUCCUGCAGCAAGGCAGGGCGGGCAAGGACAUGCACGUGGUCCACGUGUCCCUGCCGCUCGCCGUGGACCUGCAGAUCAACCGCUGGAACGAGCCUGGCGAGGGGGACUACCUCAACGUGAAGAUUGAGAUGUCGAUGCAGCCGUCGCAGGACGGCCACUGCGGCAACUUCAACGGAAACCCCGAUGACGACACCCGCCCGCUGAUCCGCGCGCGCAUCGGCACCACUGGCGUCGAGCCGCAGUUCCUGCUGUUCGGUACCAAGACGCCCGUGGUGGCGCCGAACCGGCCGGACCUGAACAACUGCCCCACAUUGAAGGCGAACCACGCCCGCGAGAUUUGCCAGGCAAAGUCGCAGAACAACAUGGCGGACCACGACUGCAUGGUCGACGUGUGCUUCGGGGGCGACCACUUCGCAGAGCUGACGGACUACAACUGA